AUGACCAUCACACACGCGGACGGCAUGAUGGAGAACGUUCCAUGUUACGCAAAGGUGCAAAGAAUUCUCAUUGGGUGUGUUGCGGUGUUCUUCAUCGUAGUGACUAUACUGGGCUAUGAGAAACACCGGUCGCACUUUGAGAAGCACAAAGCGGCAUUUGAGGAGGGUGGAGAAGACGACGACGACGUCCCCAGACAUGCAGAUCCAUCAUGUAUACGAGCAAAGGUUCUACGCACCUUGCGUUCCAAUGACGCCCACAAUUCCACCCUCUUAACGACUCGGAAGUCAUUUAAACCGUCUCGUGGCCAGCUUAUAUGCGUCUUAGAUAUACACAGCCUAGAUGACAUCUUAACUAAAUGGUAUAUUCAUCCUCCCAAGGUCAUUGGUGAUGUAGAUGCUGCUUGUUCGAAUAUAUCUCCAUCACUGCUGCCUACGACCGAAAAGCAGGAAAUGAACGCAGUCCUUGUAUCGGAGUACGUCAGAAACGGGUCGACCAACAACAGGCAUACCGUCGCUUUUCCCGGCCUAAACUUACAAGUGGUAAAAGAGCGCAUAUAUUCACCUUCAGCGCGUCUCGACGCGUCGUAUUGGCGCCAAGGGAAGGCCAAGCCUAUAGGUCUACCGCUAGUAUGGCUUCGAGCUCUCACCGUCUCCGGUAAAACAGAGAAAAAGGUGAUGGUCGUACAAGUCGAAGAAGCGAACCUGUCCCCACCGACCGAAAACGUCGCCAGCGGGAUUCUACGCAUUAAGUAA